AUUUCAAGGUUAUUUGACGCGUUUGUUCGAAAGGACGCGACGUUGAGGAAAAUGGAUUUUCAUUCUACUCGUUUAGCAUAUCGAGGAAGGAGAAUGGAACUUUUACACGUGGCUUUAAUCUUGAUCAAAAUUUUGAAAGUGUCAUCUUUCUUCGCUGCUUAUGAUAUAUUAAGGAAUUCGAAUCCACUAAAUUUUUUAAUAGUAUUAAAACUUGUCGCAUCACUAAUAUUACUGCCAGUACAGAGGCCAUUUUCUGCCUCUCGACUGAAAUUUACUGAAUGGGUUCAUAUUAUUAAAUAUUCGUUUGUGCGUGUGCUUAUCGAUGCACUUUGGAUAGAGGGUCUUAUCUUAUGUGGUCCUUUCAGAUUCAUUUUACUGUUUGAGCACAGUGAAUUACUUGUUCUUGCUGCAGCCAGUACGUUUUUCUUUGGUUCUCAAUGUACAAAAAAGACACGAGGGGCAGUAUUUUUCGUAAUAGGUGUUAUAUGUGUCGCCUUCUUCGACCAUGAUUACACGCAUGGAGAUUCAGAGCAUCCUGAAGGAGCUCACAAAAGUUUCCUCAUUCAUCAUGUAUACGAAAUGUUCAUAAACUUUGGAUUUUCGGACCACAAAGUCGGAGUGCUUGUAUUAAUUGGUGCAGUUUGUCUGGACUCUGGUUUAGCUACACUUUCUAGAACAUUGGUGGCAUCUAUUGGAGGUGCUAAACGUUUACACAGCCUCUCUGCGUUAAUCAGCUUCAUCAUCCUGAUUCCAAUGUAUAUGUUUACUCAUUUUUACUAUGAAACUUCCAUUUACACAAAGGAGCCAUCAGAUUUAUUGAAGAUGAUAGACAAUGUUGACAGUCAAAUUACUUCUGAUGAUAGUUCUAAUGUUUCUUCUCAAGGAAAUUGGAUAUUUUGGAUGGUUUGUACAAGUGUCAUUCAUGUGAUCGACUUCUAUAUGACUAGUUUAGUUAGUGGCAGGCUCGGUGCACAUUCGGUAACACGUGUAGCUAAAUUAGUUGUCGUGGUAACUGGACUAAUAUUCAGCUUUUUCUGGGUACCAUCCACUGUCGCUGAACAAAUUGUGACAAAUGGGAUUCGUGUACAUAGUUUUCUACUUCAGCAUCAAAUGUCUGCUGGUUUAAUUGUUGCAGUUAUUUGUAUUUUGUAUGCUUCAGAUCUAUUAACAACAACUAAAUCUGGUUAUGGACCAGAUGGUAAUUCAAGUGGCCAUUUCAUUGGUUAUUCAAUGGCUGGUUUACCACUGUUCACAGCUGGUCAAACGCCUACACAUGGUUCUGCUUUAUUAGCAAAUCCAGAAGAAGUUGGUCUAUGGUAUCAUUUACGGGAAACAUUUCAUGGCAUUUUAACUGGAAAAGCUUCACGUCGUAUUUUCGCCUUUUUAUGCUUAAAUCUGGCUUUUACAUUUGUGGAACUCUUCUAUGGUGUAUGGACAAACAGUUUGGGUUUAAUUUCUGAUGGUUUUCAUAUGUUAUUCGAUUCAGCAGCACUUGUAGUCGGGUUGUAUGCAGCUGUUGUAUCACACUGGAAACCAACUCGUAUAUUCUCUUAUGGGUACAAUAGUGCUGAGAUUCUUUCUGGAUUUGUAAAUGCCUUAUUCCUAUUAGUUAUAUCUGCUUCCGUGUUUGUCAAUGCCGUUGCACGAAUUCAUCAACCUCCAGAUAUUAAAACAGAUAAAUUACUGGCUGUAUCCAUUUUAGGUUUAUUCGUUAAUAUCGUUGGAGUUGUUGCUUUGGGUCAUGCUCACAGUCAUGGUGGUGGUUCUCAUGGCCAUAGUCAUGGAGGUGGCUCUCAUGGUCAUAGUCAUGGUGGAUGUGGUUCACAUGGUCAUAGUCAUGCAGGUGGAUCUCAUGGUCAUAGUCACGAUGGUGGUUCUCAUGGACAUAGUCACCAGCAUAAACAGGAGCGAAGUCAUAGUCAUGAUUCAAACAAAUCUCAUUCUGAUGUUUGUGAUGAAGAACUUCAUUAUGGUCAUACUCAUGGACACGAACACCAACAAGGCUCACACAAAGCUGAAUCAGAAGAUGCAAAUUUACGAGGCGUCUAUUUACACGUUCUUGCUGACACUUUGGGCAGUGUCAGUGUAAUAUUCAGUUCAUUUCUUGUAUCAACUUAUGGUUGGAAUAUAGCUGAUCCAAUCUGUUCAAUGUUUAUUGCAUGUGUAAUUGGUUAUUCAGCUAUGCCAUUAUUAAAUGAUACUCUUGGUCUGCUUACUUUAAAAGUGCCAGAUAAUUUCCACUCUCAGUUGCUGGUUAAAAAGAUAUUACAAGUGGGUGAAGUGGUUUCUGUUUCAAAUCCAUUUAUUUGGACGCAUACUCACACAUCUGUUUGUGUUUGUUUAACGGUCAGAAUUAACUCGAAUGCUUCAGAACAGAUACUAUUACGAAAGGUCAAGGAUAUAGUUGGCAAUCAUUUCUCAUCAAUUGCACAUUUAACUAUUCAAAUUGAAAAAGAAGAUUUUGAAUAUCACACUCAAGCUAUGGGUUUAAACUUAUCUGUUGUUGGACAUUAUCCAAAAUCACUUAUCAAGUCAAGUGUAAUUAUGAAUGGGACAACUCCACAUCAUAGUAGUCAACACAAUCAUUUGGUUACUGAACCAGCAAAUCUAUUGUCUGUUAAAGAUGUCUGAUGUAUUAUAUAUAUCCAUGCAUGGAUGUAUAAUACAAUACAGCAUACCGAAUGAUGCCUUCAUAUUUAUUGACUGGCUUUAUUUAUUUACUACUGUUCCGUGUGUAUUCCUUUUCUUUGGUCUUUUCUUUUUUUUACUACCUAUUGUUUAAUAUGAUCUCCCGUGGUGACUGUUUCCUAGUCUUAGUAGAGAAGAAAAGCCUUUCUCUUUAUCCUUCUCACCAUUUGUAAAUAAUAAUCUUCCACUCCCUCUCUGCUCCCCUCCUUCUAUCAUUUUAUAUUUUAUGCUUUCUGAUAGAUUUUAUCAUUUUGAUCUGUUUGUAUUUUGCAUCCUCCAUCUUUUCAUAGUUCGUCGUCUUUUUCUGUGGACUAGUUAAACUCUACCAAGUAGUACCAUCACUUAUGGAUUACAUAAGAGCUUUGAUCUGUACUCUAUUUUUAGGCUAAUCAAUUAUUACUGGUUACAGUUUUUUCAAUCACGAUUACUUUAAGAGAGAUCUUGCUUCUCCUUGUUCUGUUUUUCUCCUUCUUCUUCUCCUUUUAACAUCUUCACUUGUUGUAAGGGUUCAGGUGUUUUUAAGAGAAAAAAAAUCCAUUUCUUAGGUAACCCUGCUUCUGUUCCCACGAUCUCUUAUUGUUGUUGUUGUCGUAGUAGUAGUAGUGGGAUCAGAAGACGACGAGGAUGAACGUAUUUAUUCUCCUCCUCACCUUACCCUGUGCCUGUUGUCAACCAUCCUCAUUUUAAACAUAAAGGAGACUGGUGGUUUCAGUGUGAUAUUGUUAUUUUAAACAAUAAAAUUUUCACUCAUCCUUUCUGUAUUUUGCCAGAAAAAACACACCACCUCCUUGUCCUCCACCCCUACGUCUUUGGAAGUAUACCAGUUGUCUUUCAUGAAAUCUAAGCAAACAUAUUGACAAUUUUAUUUUUACUUUGUUUGUAUAUACUACUAUAAUUACCACAAUGAAAAAUAAUUUGAGCGGAAUUCCCCCCCAUCGGUAACACUGUGAUUAUUGCUUGUUUAUGUUUAAAUGUCGGUGUAUUAUUUGUUUCAAUUUUUGUAAUUUAGGAUGUGAAUAACCAACCCAAUUUACUUUACUCAGAUCUUUAUAUAUAGGGAGGUUUUGAAGCCAUAUUACGGUUUUUUUUUAUCUUUGGGUAAAUUUUCUUUUAUAAAAAAAUAAUAAAUUUGUAAACACUUUGCUUAAAAAUAAUAUCUAUCAUCACCUAUUGCUGCCAUUGGACAGCAGAUCUCCCCUCUAUCCUACUGAAAAAGAGACGGUCAAUCUCAUUACACGCACUUGUUCUGUUUGCUUCACUUCAACUCUGGUGCGAUCUACCUACCUAUCUACCAGUUGCACAGGUUUUUUUGUAUGUGUGCUGUAUUUCUCAUCUCUUUUUUUAAAAAAGAAAUUUUUUGUGGUUUUUAUCAGUCCACUCUGUGUGUCAGCUUCUCUGUUUAUUUGUUGUUUUUGAUUUGAUUUGUAAAUUAUGCGAAUAGUCUAAAUUUGUUUUCAGAAAAAGAAUGAAUACACUUUUUAUGUUGGA